UUGGCGAAGAGCUCAAACGCUUUCAUCUGCGUCUAGAUUGCGUUCGUUUUACUGAUAAAAUGGGCCCUAAAAAUAUACUGAUAGUGUUAUUGGUUUCGUGUUUAGUCGCAGAGAUAAAGGCCAUGUUCCCGGGCGGUGGCGGUAUAAUGGCUGUGUGGGGCCCCGCCGAGCACGGCUUGCGUCGGUUGCGUUGGAUAAGAGAAAACAGAAGGAGAAUCCUGGCCAUGGAUAGAUGCGUCGAUUCGUGGUGCGUUGUGUUUGCGACCCCGAAGACGCGGCGGGAAAAGAAGAGGAUCACCGAUGAGGCUUGCCAUCGGGCUUUCGAGGCCUUCAAAGAGAUCUUCCACAGUCGGGAGCAAGGGAUCUGCGGCAGGGCCUACGACGCCCAGUGCCGCCUCCACAAUGAUCAGUAUCAGUGCACGGCUCGGCACGGCAACCAGGUCCUCUCCCUCCAGGAGUGCGUCUACAGCAUCCCUUUGGAACAGCCCGUCCACCCCCCGAACCAGGACAUCCUUGGAUGAGGUGUCGAAUCGUACCAUUUCAUCAUACUAUAUUAUCUGGGAACUUGUAAUCUCUAGCGUUUAAUCGAUGUACCCUACG